AUAAUUGUGAAAUCCAUUGAGCCGCUGUUCGUCUUUUUAACCCAAUAUUUACCCCAGCGCUCUCCUCCCCUCUCGCUUUCUUCAUUUUGGGGUCAAAGUUGAUCCUUUCUUUCAUGAUAUGAAGCGGAGGCCUUGAUUACGACGAUCUUACCCUCCUCCACUCCUCAGAUCGUCACAAUUUCCAGUUCGAUCCGUUUUGAUUUUCGGAAUACCCGAAAUAUCAGCCGAAGGCUAAAACGAUGUUUCUUCUCGAUUGGUUCUACGGCGUUCUCGCCUCCCUCGGUCUCUGGCAGAAAGAGGCUAAGAUCUUGUUUCUCGGCCUCGAUAAUGCCGGUAAAACCACCUUGCUUCACAUGUUGAAAGACGAGAGAUUGGUCCAACAUCAGCCAACCCAAUAUCCUACUUCUGAAGAGCUUAGCAUUGGGAAAAUUAAGUUCAAAGCAUUUGAUUUGGGUGGUCAUCAGAUUGCUCGCAGAGUCUGGAAGGAUUACUAUGCUAAGGUGGAUGCUGUGGUUUACCUGGUGGAUGCCUAUGAUAAAGAGAGGUUUGCAGAAUCAAAGAAGGAACUGGAUGCACUCCUUUCUGAUGAGGCCCUUGCCAAUGUCCCAUUUCUUAUUCUAGGGAACAAGAUUGAUAUACCCUAUGCUGCCUCAGAGGAUGAGUUACGAUACCACCUUGGGCUCACAAACUUUACAACUGGCAAGGGGAAGGUAAAUCUAGCAGACUCAAAUGUCCGUCCGCUAGAGGUAUUUAUGUGCAGCAUUGUUCGCAAAAUGGGGUAUGGUGAUGGCUUCAAGUGGAUGUCUCAGUAUAUCAAGUAGGGUAAUGGUCAGAAUGAUGAUGCGUUAGGAAAAUGUUAGAGACUCCCAAACCCCAAUGCCAUCUCAUCAUGCCCAACUUCAGGAAAAAAAAAAUGGUAUUCAUCAAACUGUUUGAACUAGCCCCCGAGUGGGUUUAAAAUUGGAUGUAUUUGGUUUUGGAUCUGUGUGGAAGGAGGUACUAGCGUCUCUACCCUGUAAAAUCUACUUGUGGCAGCAAGUCUCUGGUAUUGUAGUUUUGUCAAUUAACUGCUAUAUGAUUUGGUUUUGUCGCAGAAAGUAUUUUGCAUAUUA